GUUGGCACGCAUUCUCAAUUUCCGACAUACUUCACUGCAUUGUUGAUUAUCGUCCAAAAAAAGUUCGAUUAAAUUUACAAAAUGCAAAACUCCCAGAAACUACUUGGCGCCUGCAGAGUUAUUGCAAGGCAAAUGAGCACCCUCACCCCCACCUCAGGCAGAUAUGUAAAAAUGCAAGGAGUUCAAAAACAUUUGGGGAUUGACAACGAUCUCCCAGUCUACAUUAAGGGAGGAUUUGGGGAUAGGGCCAUGUUUGGAGCAACCCUUCUCCUCACCAUGGCCGGUCUUGGUUUGUCUUUGGAAACAUUCUACAAUUUGACUGUAGGCAAAAAGGAUUAAUUUGUUCCUUAUGGAAUUCAAUUCCUAUUUGUAGUGAAUGUUAUGAUAAUUUGUAAAUUUACUCUUAUUUAAUAUAAAAUUAGGCGAU